AUGUCGAGCAAGUCCCCUGACAAGCGGAGGAAGAUGGAGUCUGCACUCAGCCAGCUCAAGCAGUACACGGUGGUUGUGGCCGACACCGGGGACUUUAACGCUAUCGAAGAGUUCAAGCCUCAAGAUGCCACGACAAACCCCUCCCUCAUCCUCGCGGCCGCCAAGAUGCCAGCCUACCAGAAACUGCUCAACCAAGCAAUCGAAUACGGCCUCGCCAAAGGAGGGACUGAGGAGGAGCAGAUUGCACACAUUAUGGACAAACUCUUCGUCUCCUUUGGUCUGGAGAUCCUCAAGAAGGUUCCGGGUCGUGUCUCUACAGAGGUGGAUGCCAGACUGUCUUUUGAUAAAGAGGAGAUGUUGUCCAAAGCCCUGAGGCUCAUUGCUUUGUAUGAAGAGGCAGGCAUCAGCAAAGAACGUGUGCUAAUCAAGCUGUCAUCAACGUGGGAAGGAAUCCAGGCCGGCAAAGAGCUGGAGGAGAAACACGGCGUCCACUGUAACAUGACGCUGCUGUUCUCGUUCGCUCAGGCCGUGGCGUGCGCAGAGGCCAACGUCACCCUCAUCUCUCCGUUCGUGGGCCGCAUCCUGGACUGGCACAAGGAGAACACAGACCGCAAGAGCUACGAGCCGCACGAGGACCCAGGUGUCGUCAGCGUCACAAAGAUCUUCAACUACUAUAAGAAGUUUGGCUACAGCACGGUGGUGAUGGGCGCCUCCUUCAGGAACACCGGGGAAGUGAAGGCUCUGGCGGGCUGCGACCUACUCACCAUCUCUCCCUCGCUGUUGGCAGAGCUCAGCCAGGACCACAGCGCUGUGCCUCAGAUGCUGCAUGCGGAGAAAGCAAAGAAGUGUGACCUGGAGAAGAUUCACCUGAACGAGAAGUCUUUCCGCUGGCAGCACAACGAGGACCGCAUGGCCGUGGAGAAACUGUCCGACGGCAUCCGCAAGUUUGCAGCCGACGCCAUCAAACUGGAGACGAUGAUUAAGGACAAAAUGCUCAGCGCUAAAAACGGACAGUAA